AUGCGAGUGACUACGCUUGCUGCUCUUGCAGUGUGUCACGAAAACCUGUAUGAAGCUGCUACGUACUUUGAAGACGCCAUUGGAGCGUACGAGGAGCAUUGCGACCAAGCGUCGGCCCUGGAUGCUGAUGGGGGUAAGAUAUCGGGCUCGGAUAUCUCUCUUCUUGCCGAUCUCAACGCCACGGCUGCCAUGGUUCACUACCACUACGCUGGCAAUUUGCUUGCUCGAAACUACUGGGACGAGGCCAAAACGGUCACAAAGAUCGCGCUUGGGCUUGCGGAGAAUUCGAGUAUGCCGGCGGAGGACCUGCAGCAGUACAUUCACGAGCUGUGGCUAGGGUAA